UUAAUCAAUCUGUAGCUUCGCCGGUUCAAGUUGAGAACAUCAAUUGCGCUCUCAUCUCACUCGUCAUUCCACAUUGGAACAGACGAGUGAACACUGGACUUAGAACCGGAUUUUCGUUUCGUAUCAUGCUCCAUCAUUUUCAUAUAUUAACCGCAUUUGUCGCGAUUUUUCUCGCUUUAUAUUAUUACCUCACGUCGAAGUUUGAUUUUUGGAAAAAUCGUGGCGUGAGUGGACCCAGGCCUGUACCAUUCUUUGGAAACGCCAAAGAUGUUCUGCUACGAAAAAUUGGAAUUGGCAGCUUCAUCGCGGAACUCUAUAAGAGAUACGACAACGAGGCAAUGUUCGGGAUAUUCAUCGGCAGAUCACCUAAUCUCGUUUUGCGCGAUCUUGACCUUAUCAAGGAUGUUUUAAUUAAAGAUUUCUCUAUAUUUGAUAAUCGAGGAUUAAAUAUUCCCGAACGAGCCGAACCUUUUUCCGUAAAUUUGUUCAGCGUAGACGCUACAAGAUGGCGACCAUUAAGAAUGAGAUUGUCACCGGUAUUUACCUCUGGUAAACUGAAGGAAAUGUUCCCCCUGAUAUUGGAAUGCGCCGAACACUUGGAGCAAUGUUUGGAGGAUGCUGUGAAAAGAGGUGGUCCUGUCGAUUGCUUUGAAAUACCAGCUAGAUACACGACAGAUGUUAUAGGGAGUUGCGCUUUCGGAAUCAACAUGAACGCGUUGUCGGACGAGCGUAGUGAAUUCCGCAAAAUGGGGCGAAACAUGUUCGAUCAAAAUAUGAUCAAGUUUACGAGGAAUUUACUUCGAGAUUUCUUUCCACGUUUCUACAAUUUGCUUGGCUUCGUAUUACCGUACACGGAAUCAACCGUGUUCAUGACCAAGCUAAUCAAGGGAACGAUCAAAUACAGGGAAGAGAACGACGUCGUGAGGCCAGAUUUUGUAAAUUUGUUGAUGGAAUUGAAGAAGCAUCCGGAAAAAUUAAAGAAUAUUGAAAUAACGGAUACUUUACUUGCCGCUCAAGCUUCCGUUUUCUUCGCGGCUGGAUUUGAAACGUCAUCGACGACAAUGGCACACGCUCUUUACGAAAUGGCACUGAAUCCUGACAUACAAGAUAAAUUACGAAACGAAAUGAAAGAAUUCCACGCGAAGAAUAAUGGGAAUCUGAAAUACGAGGAUAUCAAAGAAAUGAAAUAUUUGGACAAAGUAUUUAGAGAAACACUUAGAAAGUAUCCACCAGGAAUGCUUCUGAGGCGAAAAUGCAACUCUAAUUAUACCUUCCAUGGUACAAAAGUAUCGAUACCCGCUGGUACUUCUGUAAUUAUUCCUCUGUAUGCAAUUCAAAUAGAUCCAAAAUUUUAUGAAAAUCCAGACGUGUUCGAUCCUGAAAGAUUUAACGAGGAUGCAGUAGCUGCAAGGCAUCCAAUGACCUAUUUACCAUUUGGUGAUGGACCAAGGAAUUGCGUUGGAGCACGAUUUGCCGUUUAUCAAACAAAAGUUGGAUUGAUAAAAAUACUGCAAAAUUUUAGAGUAGACGUUUGCGAAAAGACGAUGAUUCCUUAUGUAAAGAAGAUAAAUUCAAUUACAUUGGCACCUAGAGAUGGAAUUUUCUUGAAGAUAGAAAAAAUAACUGAUUAAAGUAAAAGCAAAGAUAAAUUGGAGGGAAAAGAUA